UGUUUGUCAGAUCAACCCCACAAGUGAUCAAAGUUCUUUACCUGCUCCCUCGAGCUAAAUUGAGGGCCAAGGGGGUAACGUUGGUGAAUUGCACCUCCACUUAAAAUGGCAAUCAAACUGCAUUCGUUUGCGACAGGGAUUCCCCGAGGGAAACUGGCUAGUACGAGAGCAGGGGGGAGAAAACAACCUGUUUGGACUGUAGCCAAGGUCGCUUUUGUGUCAAACAAGAGAAACGGUUACGCUGUGGGUUAAAAAGGUGGAUUUUGGAGCAUUCAUUGCAACUGUUCUUUACUGUAUGGCACAAAUUACGAAGAAGUUGGACAUCAUUGUGGCUGCAGCUUGAAAAGUAUCUAGUACUUCAGGAGUUCACAGCGGAAGAUCUCCAAGGGGUAUUGCCAAUGGAAGAUGUCACCCAUUUUUUUGGUGUGUUUUUGUAUGUAGUGUAGUUUGUAUGGAUAUUUCCCCCAACCCAAGAAUGUUCCCAUUUUUGGGAUCUUUUUGUUUUCAUCCCGCACAUUAGGUGGCAGCAAUACACAUUUUUGGGUGUAGACUGCCAAUAAAUCUUAAAGAAGAAGUAAUGGAAGCGAACAUAGUUAUUAUUACAUAUGUGACGUAACACACUUUAGCUAGUGUUACACCCUAGAAAGAAAAGUUCAACAACUGGUAUAAAGAAUCAAGCCAACUGCUAGUCUAAUAAACCGAAGAACAACUACUCAGCACAGCCUACAUUUCAGCAACCACAGCAACCUCUUUUACGAUCGAAAAAGGCUUUCAACGCGUAUAUUGCUUGAAGAUCACAGACAAACAACCAGUAGGCAGUUGUAAUGGAAAAGUAGAAGGCUGAAAACACAUCAGGAUCAAAGGAGAAUCUCACUUCUUCUGAAAAACACUCUAAAACCAAAGAGGAUAACCUAUCUACACAGUGAUCUGUCAGCCAGCAGUGACAGUCUCUCAGACAAGACCUCAAAGAACAAACUGGUUGGAGCCAUGAACAAGCUGAAUCCUUUUAAAUCAACUCCCAAAAAGGACAAUGAAGAUGCAAAGUUACUCGGGGACAAGGAGAGGCAGGAAGAGGAAAAGCAAAAAACAGUCAAAAGCAAUCUGAUCCAGAGGGAGAAGAAGGAGAGAACUGCAACACAGCCGGCAGUUCCUCCCAGACCCACUGAAGAGGAGCUGAAGGAUACAGCCUUACAUGACAGACUGAAGAAGAGGGAGACGAACGACAAUCAGAUGAACGUGGUACCUUCAGGUGUUUGGAAAUUGCUCCCAAGGAUGAACCAGAAUUGUGGAGCUCUACAAUUAUUUCUGAGGUCUUGGCUGAUUUCUUAUGAUUUUCCCAUGAUGUCAAGCAAAGAGGCACUGAGUUUGAAGGCUAACCGUAAUAUGAUGCAGAGUGAGAGGAAAGGGAAAACUGCUGAAACUCCAGUGGUUCCUCCUAGACCCACAGAAGAGGAGAUAAACAGACCAGCCAGACGUGGUCAGCAAAAUACAAAAAAAGACAAUCUGGACCAAUGUGUUGAUGAAUGCCUUAAAGAGGGUGAAUCUCUCUUCCCGGUGGUAAAAGAGGAGGGAGAGGACAAGGAUGAAGAAGAGGCCGUGGUUAAACUUACAGAUAGCACAUCAGCCAAGAUGCGAGAACCCACGAGACACAAUCCUUUCAUGCCACGCGGUGCUGGAGGCAAGGGUAAAACCAAGAAGCGUGAACCCCAGCAGGGAGUUUCAGUCAGUGACUCAACAGAGAACAAAGGUGGAAAUAAAUCAUUAUUCGACCAAUUGGAGGUAUUCCGUAUUACUCCAGCGGAGCCAGAGCAGCAGCAGAAUAUGGAUGGCCUGAUGGAGUGGUGGAGCACAGUGGAGCAGUGGGAAGACAUGCCUCAAGAGCAUGACAUGACUGAGAAAGAGGAGGCCAAGGUGUUUGCAGUGACAGCUGAGAAGGUGCAGAAAGGUAUCCGUGUGUUCAACAAGCUGUUCUCAGAGCGUGCAGAGAGCCUGUGGCAGCACGUCAUUGACCUUAACAGCAUUGCAGACGCCCUCGACUGUUUCAACAAGAAGACUAAGAUCGCCCAAAUCACUGGUGGUUCCACCAGCGCGGUAGGAGGCGUAUGUACCAUUGUAGGCCUCGCCCUGGCCCCCGUCACCUUCGGAACCUCUCUGAUUGUCACGGCGGUGGGGCUGGGCGUGGCCACGGCGGGCGGCCUCACCACGGCUGGAGCCGGAAUCUCCAACACGGUGAACAACUCCAUGGACCGCAAGAAGGUGGAGGCCAUCGUGACAGACUACCAGGAGAAGAUAACCGACAUCAACAAGUGCAUGCUGUUCAUCAAGCAGGGGAUUGAGAGUCUGCGCAGGUUCGACCUGCUGAAGAUGAAGAAGCAUGCGUACAACCGCGACUUCCCGGGCCUCAACAACAUCUACGAGGAUGGUGCCAUGGCCGGGAAGGCCAUCCUCAUUAAUGCCAAUGAGAUGAUGCGUGUGGUGCAGAUAGCCAACGUGGCGGGCAGCACCGCUGCCAGAGCUGUCCAGAUUGCCAGCAUGGCCACCGGAGUGCUCACCGGCCUCUUUGUGGGCAUGGACAUCUACUUUGUGGCUAAGGACUCCAAGGAGCUGAAGAAGGGAGCCAAGUCAGAGUUUGCAGCCAAGAUCAGGGAGGUGGCGACACAGCUGCAUGAUGGACUGGUGGAGCUCAAUGGCAUACGGGUUGAGCUGCAGUCCUCAGAUCCAGGCAACACCAAUGAGACCAACACCCAAAACACAGAUAAUACCAAUUACAGCAAAAAAACACACAUCUCUGAUGACGAUAUUAACAACUAUUAAACCUCUAUCAACAAAAGCAAUGUUGAUAACAGCAAUACUUCAGAUAACAGCCAUAAGACCAGAAAAAUCCUAAACUGUAUUUCCAACCCAUCUCUACAACGACACAUCCUGUCAGCAUUAACACUACUAGUAGCAACGUUGAGGCUCUCAUUCCCCAGUCUCUCUUUCAUAGCACCCAUGCCUGAAACAUUUUUUUUAGACUGCAAAAAUAGAACCAGAUGAUAUCUCCAGUCAUCACUGGCUUGGGUUAAGAACUGUUAUUAAAACUUACCUCUAAAAUUUAGCAAAAUAGUAUAUUGUAUGACGAGCUCAUGUCCACAUUUUCCCUUGUCUUGCCCCAAAGAGUUGUAUUGUAGUUGUGCGCAUUGUGCCUGUCUCGACAAUAUUAUCCACAGGACUUUAUGAAAAGUAAGGGUUGAAAGUUAAAUCAGUUUGUUCAUGGGGGCAGGAAACAGUUCACAGAUGAAAAUGAUGGAAAUAUGUUUUUUUUUAAAUAUUACAAAUACAUUCUCAUACACAUUAUGGAAGGGAUAGUUGUGUCUAUAUUUUCUAAUACAGACUAAUGUAAAAAGCAAAAUGUAAUAUUUUAAAGUUAAGGCAAAUUUUUGAUGGUUUCGAUUUUUGAUAGAUACACACACACACACACACACACACACACACACACAAUAUUUGUACAUACCUAUGGUACUUAUACAUACAGUACCAGUCAAAGGUUUGGACACACCUACUCAUUCAAGGGUUUUUCUUUAUUUUUAUUGAAUUAUAUUAUUGUAGAAUAAUAGUGAAUAUAUCAAAACUAUGAAAUAACACAUAUGGAAUCAUGUAGUAACCAAAAAAGUGUUUAAAUAUAUUUUGAUUUGUUUAAGCAUACAGUGCCUUCGGAAAGUAUUCAGACCACUUUACUUUUUCCACAUUUUGUUACAUUAUAGCCUUAUUCUAAAAUUGAUUAGUUUUUCCCCUUAAUCAACACACAAUACCCCAUAAUGACAAAGCAAAAAAAGGUUUUUAGAACAUUUUGCUAAUUUAUUAAAAAUAUAAAACAUUGCAAGUAUUCAGACCCUUUACUCAGUACUUUGUUGAAGCACCUUCAGCAGCAAUUACAGCCUUGAGUCUUCUUGGGUGUGACGCUACAAGCUUGGCACACCUGUAUUUGGGGAGUUGCAUAUCCUUUCAAGCUCUGUCAGGUUGGAUGGGGAGCAUGGCUGCACAGCUAUUUUAGGUCUCUCCAGAGACGUUCGAUCGAGUUAAAGUCCGAGCUCUGGCGGGGCCACUCAAGGACAUUCAGAGACUUGUCCCGAAGCCAAUCCUGCGUUAUCUUGGCUGUGUGCUUAGGUUCAUUGUUCUGUUGGAAGGUGAACCUUUGCCCCAGUCUAAGGUCCUGAGUGUUCUGGAACAGUGUUUCAUUAAGGAUCUCUCUGUACUUUGCGCCGUACAUCUUUGCCUUGAUCCUGACUAGUCUCCCAGUCCCUGCUGCUGAAAAACAUUCCCACAGCAUGAUGCCACCACCAUGCUUCACCGUAGGUAUGGUGCCAGGUGUCUUCCAGAUGUGAUGCUUGGCAUUCAGGCCAAAGAGUUCAAUCUUGGUUUCAUCAGACCAGAGAAUCUUGUUUCUCAUAGUCUGAGAGUCUUUAGGUGCCUUUAGGCAAACUACAAGCGGGCUGUCAUGUGCCUUUUACUGAGUGGUGGCUUCCAUCUGGCCACUCUUUCAUAAAAGCCUGAUUUGGUGGAGUGCUGCAGAGAUGGUUGUCCUUCUGGAAGGUUCUCCUAUCUCCACAGAGGAACUCUAGAGCACUGUCGGAGUGACCAUCGGGUUCUUGGUCACCUCCCUGACCAAGGUCCUUCUCCCCCGAUUGCUCCGUUUGGCAGGGCAGCCAGCUGUAGGAAGAGUCUUGGUGGUUCCAUUUAAGAAAGAUGGAGGCAACUGUUUAGAAAGCACUUUCGCUACACCUGCCAUGAAUAUCGGAAUAUCUGCUAAGUAUGUGUAUGUGAACAAUACAAUUUGAUUUCUUGGGGACCUUCAAUGCUGCAGAAUAUUUUUGGUAUCCUUCACCAGAUCUGUGCCUCAACACAAUCCUGUCUCGGAGCUCUACGGACAAUUCCUUCGACCUCGUGGCUUGGUUUUUGCUCUGACAUGCACCGUAUAUGGUGGGACCUUAUAUAGGCAGGUGUGUGCCUUUCCAAAUGAUGUCAAAUCAAUUCAAUUGAACACCGGUGUACUCCAAGUUGUAGAAACAUGUCAAGUAUGAUCAAUGGAAACACCAUUCACCUGAGCUUAAUUUCGAUUCUCAUAGCAAAGGGUCUGAAUACUUAUGUAAACAAGGUAUUUGAUUUUUGUUUUUAAUAAACUAGCAAAAAUGUAUAAACCUGUUUUCACUUUGUCAUUAUGGGGUAUUCUGUGUAGAUUUCUGAGGAAUUUGUUUUAUUGAAUCAAUUUUAGAAUAAGGCUUGUAACGUAACAAAAUUUGGAAAAAGUCAAGGGGUCUGAAUACUUUCCGAAGCCACUGUGGGGUAGGGGUUUUGUCAUCUUAUUCCAAAGAAAACAUUGCUUAUUGCAUUGCUUCAUUUUUAGGUCUGUUUGGGGGAAUAUUAAUUUAUAUUGAAACAUUCAGGUUUUUAAUUAAGUCUAACUUUUAUUUUAGGAUUGUUCUAUUACUGAGUAGUGCCUUACUAAUUUAUAUUAAGUCAUAUAUAAAUGAGGUCUCACUUUAGGAUUAUUCUAUUUUCCUGUCUUAGACUGGAAAGGUCUCAGCUGCUAUGCAAUUCAGUCCCUGUGUCUCCCCUGUCUCCUUCACUUGUGUGUGGUACUGAUGCUGGAUAAGUGAUCUCGCCCUCUUUCUCUUUUACUCACUGACAAACUGGAGAUGCCUCUUACAAAGGGCAGGGUCAGAUAUUAUUUUUCAUUGGUCAAUUUUAGUAACAAUUUUUGUUUUGCAAUGUAGUAUUUAUCUAAAGAGUAUAUAUGAAAUGUAAUAAGUUGCUAAUAAACUUACGUAUUAUACA